AUGUCGGGCCGUCACAGCGGAUCGACCAUUCAAAUAAUUCCGCAUUCUGAGCCUAGAUCUGGGGAUUCGCGAAAGCGAACGUCUGAGAGUUCGACGAAAGAUACCGAUGAGAAAGCGUGUGUAGCUAACCCUAGAGAGUCGGGAAAGGAUAAUGCCAGGGAUGGCAGGAGUGGUCUUGAGAGGAAGACACAUGAGGAUGAGUGGAUAAAGUGCGCCAGAUGUGGUCAGACUGGACAUAUGACUCGCGAGUACUAUGCUAAGAGUACGUUGGAUGGAGUUACACACGAGGGAUGUUACAUGUGUGGUGAGCAAGGACAUUUCAGGAGAGAUUGUCCGGAAAUGAAGGGUCAGGAGGCCAGAGGUAGAGCGUUCGAGCUAAAUGCUGGGAAGGCACGAGACGAACUUGCUAUUGUUACCGAGAUUUGUUUGGAAGAUAAACGGAAGUUUAUCGAAGUACCGUAG